AUGGGGUCGGUAGCGAGCCCCGCCGAGGCUGUUGCGAGAAUUGCCUAUCUUGCCAGCGAUGUCAUUCUUUCUGUCCAACCAUCGCUAAGUGACGAGUCUGAAUUUUCUUACCAUCUGGCUCGAUUUACUGCCAGCGAUGCGAAGAACUUGCUCUCGGAAUCUUUCCCGGAAGUCGUACCCGUCCGUCAACAUGCCGACCCUCUACUAUCAGCCUACACCCCUCUACAGGUUGGGAAGUUUGUUUCAGUGACUACGUCAUCCUCUAUCCUCCUCACCUCCAUUCCUCAUCUCUAUAAACUCGCCCAAUACCCCGUGGUGUUACAUGUGGCGUUGGGGACACCCCAUCCAGAUUUCUCCGAGAUCAGUUCCAUUCGACAAUCCGGGUUCAUAUUUUUGCAAUCCGAGACUCUCCAAGAGGCGCAGGAUAUUGCAUUGACUGCCCAUGCUCUGGCCAUCAAGAGUGGCAAAGGUGUCAUACACUUCUUCGACCCAAGCAAUUCGAAUCAAGACAAUCCCAUCCCAGUAGAAAGCCGAGAUCUUGUGCAAACCCUUCUCAAAACUAGGGUCGGACUACGUGCCUCGCAUUCAGGCUCGAAUGAACAGACACUGUACGCCAGUAAUGGCAGAGCCGCUACUAUUACCGACCUAGGUCUUCCAGUCGUGCCGCAACAAACAUCUCCAGCUGUCACAACAGAUCUACUUCUCCCGGUUGCAGCUACCUCUUUGGCGAACGGCGCCACUAACACGGACGGCUCCUCAGUACCCUCAUCAAGACGUGAUAGUUCUUCUGACAGCAUUGCUCCUUCUUCCCUGGCCACUUCGGUCGAGAAUCCCAUCACUCGUCCUGUGACUGCCACUGAUAUCUUGACUUAUGCCAGUGAUAUCUGGGCGGCAAUCUCACAGGCGACGGGUCGCAGUUACUCCGCAAUCGAGUAUUCUGGUCCGCCCGAUGCCGAAGCAGCUCUCUUUAUUUUUGGAUCGACCGGUAUUUUUGUUGAUGUCCUCGACUCUGACGAUGUGCCUGCUGAGCUCACAAAUGUCGGCUUGAUCACGGCCCGGUUAUAUCGACCGUGGCUUGGAAGGACGGUUUUUUUGGAUUCCAUCCCGAGAACAAUCCAAAAAAUUGCGGUCUUGGAACAAAUCAGGAGAAAGACGACCAAAUGGGGCCCUUCUUUCCUCGAUUUGCUGUCAAGCUUGAAUCCCCGAGCCGGAGGUCAAAGUGCCAUCUCUUUGGUACAAUAUAGGCUCGGUCAGAUUGAUGCAGCGACCGCCCUUCAAGCAUUACGAGGAAUUUUCCAAAACCUUGCUCCUCCCACUACCCCCCGAAAACAUUCUCGACGACGUGGUCACUCACCACCGGCUGUGAUUUCCAUUCAGAAUCUCAGCAUCGGCACCGAAGUGGAACCAGCCAUCGACAGUUUCACCCCUGAGCAACCUCAACUAGAAAAUGCCUAUCUCAAAAUUCUCGAUCAACUGUUUAGCAACCGACUUUACAUUGCCAACCAACUCGAUAAGAAAAAUGCUGGUGUUUCAUCGACUCUUGCGGCUUCACCAGAGUACGGCUUUGGCUCUCUCUUGGCACGGAUCGAGAGGCGCCAACAAUUCGUCCAGGAGGCUGAACAAGCUGCACGCAGCAAAGAGUUCAUAACCGAAUCACCAAAGCUAUGGCUAUCGAGAUGGGCCAUGAAUGCACAUAACUCCGCAAAGGCAAAUGAGUUUGCCCCAGAAGUGGUCGCGCGUUUGUCCACGGAUGGUUCAAGACUGGCCAAUAGACUACUCGACAAUAAGGCUUUGUUUUUCAAAGAAUCUCAGUGGCUCAUCGGCUCGGACGCGUGGGCGUAUGACCUGGGUAAUUCGGGUGUCCAUCACGUUCUCGCAUCUGGUGCCAAUGUCAACAUGCUCAUCAUCGAUUCGGAACCGUACUCCGAACGAGCAUUAGCCGAUUCCAUGAGGCGGAAGAAAGAUAUUGGUCUUUAUGCGAUGAAUUACGGUAACGCAUAUGUCGCAUCGGUGGCCGUUUACAGUUCAUACACCCAAGUGCUUCAAGCAAUGAUUGAAGCCGAGAAAUUCGACGGACCCUCAAUCAUCCUUGCUUACCUUCCGUAUAGCAGAGAAGCUGACUCUCCUUUGACGGUCUUGCAAGAAACCAAGAAAGCUGUUGAUACGGGUUAUUGGCCCCUCUACCGAUGGGAUCCAUCCCAUGAAGACAAAGGGGAACCAGUUUUCUCCCUCGAUUCCGAACGAAUCAAGCGGGAACUGGAAGAAUUCCUACGGCGCGACAAUCAGCUGACCCAAGUUAUGAAUCGGCAUCCGCAAUUUGCGGCCAGUCUUUCAGAAUCGUAUGGUUCUGAGGUCCGCAAGUUGCAGAAACGCAAAGCGAAAGACGCGUAUGAACAGAUGUUGGAAGGACUUUACGGAGCGCCAUUGACGAUUCUCUUCGCAUCUGACAACGGUAAUGCAGAGGGUCUGGCCAAAAGACUAGGAAAUCGGGGAAAGGCGCGCGGAUUGAAGACCAUGGUAUUGGCCAUGGACGAUUAUCCUCUUGAAGACCUUCCUAGCGAAGAGAACGUCGUCAUGAUCACCAGUACAGCCGGACAAGGGGAAUUUCCCCAGAAUGGCCGUGCGUUUUGGGAAGGCAUCAAAGAUGCCGCGGAUCUGGACUUGUCCCAUAUUCGAUAUUCGGUCUUUGCUCUCGGAGACAGCCAUUAUUGGCCCCGAAAGGAGGAUAAGAUCUUCUACAACAAGCCUGGUAAAGAUCUUGAUGCACGAAUUCAAUUCUUAGGAGGCCGACUAUUGACUCCCAUUGGUUUGGGUGAUGAUCAGGAUCCGGAUACCUAUCAAACGGGAUAUCAAGAAUGGGAGCCACGACUUUGGCAGGCAUUGAACGUCGCCAACGUUGAAGGCUUGCCCGAAGAACCCCCACCAUUGACCAAUGAAGAUAUCAAGAUGGCAUCCAACUAUCUCAGAGGCACUAUUGCCGAGGGCCUGGCCGAUACUUCGACCGGUGCCAUUUCUGCGUCAGAUCAACAACUGACCAAAUUCCACGGUACAUAUAUGCAAGAUGAUCGUGAUUUGCGCGACGAACGCAAGGCUCGAGGUCUCGAACCAGCUUAUUCGUUCAUGAUCCGAUGUCGACUUCCUGGGGGGGUUGCUACUCCGUCUCAAUGGCUUCACAUGGAUGCGAUUGCAUCGGCACAUGGGAAUGAGACGAUGAAAUUGACGACCAGACAAACAUUCCAAUUUCACGGCGUGAUCAAAUCGAAAUUGAAACCGGCCAUGCGCGCCAUCAACCAAGCUCUUAUGACCACCAUUGCAGCCUGUGGCGACGUCAACAGAAACGUCAUGUGCUCGAGCUUGCCCACCAUGUCUGAAUAUCACCAGGAAGUCCAUGCGGUUUCGAAGAAAAUCUCUGAUCACCUUCUACCGUCCACGACUGCAUAUCAUGAAAUUUGGCUCAAGGACGACACCACCGGCGAGAAGGUUCAGGUUGCGGGAGACGCCGUUCAAGAUCAUGAACCCUUGUACGGGCCAGCCUAUCUCCCGCGAAAAUUCAAGAUCUCCAUCGCCAUUCCUCCCCACAACGAUACGGACGUUUACGCUCACGACAUCGGUCUUAUUGCAAUUCGAUCCAAGGACCACGCUCGCCUGGAAGGUUUCAACAUCCUUGCCGGCGGUGGUAUGGGCGUCACACACAACAACAAAAAGACCUAUCCGCGAACCGGGUACAUGAUGGGCUAUGUCCCGGCCGACAAAGCACAUCUCGUCUGCGAGAAAAUCAUGCUCGUCCAACGUGAUCACGGUGAUCGAAAGAACCGCAAGCAUGCCCGACUGAAAUACACCAUGGACGACAUGGGCAACGAAGUCUUCCGAGCCAAAGUCCAAGACCUCCUGACGCCACUGGGAAUCAAAUUCGAAACCCCUCGCCCAUUCAAAUUCGACUCCAACAUCGACACCUUCGGCUGGCAAAGGGACGAAAGAGGCCUCAAUCACUUCACCUUCUUCAUCGAGAACGGCCGCGUUGAAGACACCGCCGACUUCCCCAUGCGCAGCGGCCUAAGGGAACUCGCCAAGAUCCACAAAGGCGAGUUCCGCCUCACCGGCAACCAACAUCUCAUCAUGUCCAACGUGGCCGACGAGGCCAAACCGGCUCUCGUCGGGCUCAUGAAGAAAUACAAGCUGGACAACACACAAUUCUUGGGCCUGCGCCUGUCGUCUUCCGCAUGCGUUGCAUUCCCCACCUGCGGCCUCGCCAUGGCCGAAUCGGAACGUUACUUGCCCGAACUCAUCACCAAGCUCGAAGGUUGCCUGGAACAGAACGGUCUGGCGCAAGACAGUAUCGUGAUGCGCAUGACGGGGUGUCCGAACGGAUGCGCGCGGCCAUGGGUCGCAGAAGCCGCAUUUGUUGGGAAAGCCUAUGGUGCGUAUAAUAUGUAUCUUGGGGGCGGAUAUCAUGGACAGCGCCUGAAUAAGUUGUACAGGAGCAGUAUUAAGGAAGAGGAGAUCUUGGAGAUCAUGAAGGGCUUGUUGGCCAGGUACGCGAAGGAAAGGAACCCGGGGGAAAGGUUUGGUGAUUGGACGAUUCGGGCCGGUAUCAUCAAUGAGACGACAGAAGGGAAAUACUUCCAUGAAAAUACCGCGGAAGAGGAGAGCGAUGGUGAAUGA